AUGGAGGGCAGCCUUCGCAGGGAGUAUGAUGGGAGGAGGCAGCCCUCUCCCAACCUGCCCAUGCGACCAGACCACUAUGCUGCCAACUUGAGUGAUAGCCACGACCUUGGCCCAUACAGCCGGGCACCCACUCCCCAGUCCGACACGUCCUCCACCUCUCGGUUUGGGAGCUUUGUGGACAGAGGGGCUUCGUCAUCGUCGUCCUCCUCCCAUAGGAUGCCCAGCGGACAGCCUCGCCAUGCAUCCUCCAGAUCUGCAACGCCAUUGGGGUCACAAGGGGGUGGCAUGGCGAUUGGAGCGGUGCCCAGCUUCCGGGCACGCGGGCAGGUGCAGGAAAUGGGCAUGGCUGCAGCGGGCAGCCGCCUGCGCGGCCGCGGCAGCCACGACGGCCCUGCCAGGAGCCUGGCGUCCGUUGGCCAUGGAGCACCCUUUGAUGUCACCCCACUGGGACUGUCACAGUCAGCACCGUGGCCUGAGGUGCCGCUGUCCCCAAAGACUCCGCAGACGCCGAUGCUGUCCAAACACGGGACAUGGCACACGCUGGACAUACGAGGCGCCUCGUGCUCCGUGUCUAUCCCAGAGGACGAGAGCGUGCACAGCGAGGGCGGCCAGAGCGCCAGCUACCGGACUCCGGUGCUGCCAAAGGGAGCGGCGCCCUUCUACAUGGACAGCGCAGCUAGGGAAUCGAGCGAUUUGGAGUCCUUACCGACAAUAUCCGGUACUUUCUGGUGCUGCUGCGCGGGCGCCGGGCGAUCGGCCCUGGGGCGUUGUUUUGCGGCCUGCUGGCACUACAGCACGCUGGCCUUCGCAGAGUAUCCGCUGCGGCGGCACCGCCAGUGGAUGGGUGCGGUUCUGCCCUGCCCGGGUGACGGGGACGCUGACCGGGACGCGCACAACGGCGAGUCGGCGCCCGACGGCCGCGGCGGAGUCAAGCGGCGGCUGCCCUUCGGCUGCCUCGACACGUCAGAGCCUGGCGCGAAGACGCAAGAAUUGGAGGAGUUCUAUGCCAACAACCGUAAGCGGCGACGGCUGGCGUACGCCCUCCGGCGCAGAAAGUCCUCCAAUGGCUUCAAGGGCGCCUGGGACCGCAUCUCCAACGACCUGUUCAUCUUCGGUGAGCUGGUGUUCGACCGCAGUACGCCGCGGUGCCUGAGGCAUCACAUCCCCUGGUUCACCCUUGUCUUCCUAGCGCUGCAAUUCAUCACUUUUGCCUUCAUGGCGGGCGAGUAUGUGUCCUACCUCAUGGGGCAGCCAGCGGCCGGGGAGUGCGCGGCUUCGGUGUUCAAGUCGGGCCCACACGCGCUGUGGCAGUGGGUGAUCGCUUGGGAGCCCUGCCACACCUUCCAGGGAGACUUCCUCGUCCUAUGGGGCGCCAAGUACGCGCCUGUGAUGCGGGCGGCGGCGGUGUGGUGGCGCUGGCUGUCAUCUUUAGUCAUCAAUGACUCGUUCGUCCACCUGGCGGCCGGCGCGCUGCUCUUCGGCAGCCUGGGCUUGCACUUGGAGCGGCGUUACGGCACGCGGCGCAUCGCCGUACUGGCGCUCAUCUGCGGCAUUGCCGGAAACUUCUUCGACACCACUAUCAUGGAUCCGUGCGCGGUGGUGUUGGCAGGUGCCGGCUGCACGGUGGGCCUGCUGGGCCCCUUCUUCAUGGACAUCCUCCUCAACUUUGAUGCCAUAAGGUAUCCGGUGCUGCGAGUUGUGGGAGUGGCAGGGGCGGGGGCGUGCUUCGCCACGGCCGCCUGCCAGACAGGCUACCCCUACCGGCUCACGCCCCUGGGUGGCUUCCUGGCAGGCAUCUUCCCAGGAAUGGUGUUCAUGCCGCACGUAAAGAGCGAGAAGUACGAGUGGUUCUUGCCCUUUGGGGCGCUGGCCACCAGCUUUGUGCUGCUCAUCGUGCUGCCCAUAGUCAUCUACGCUGCGCGCUUUCCCCAUAUGGCCUGCCCCUGA